AUGGCUCUAAAUAAGCUAUCAAAACCAAAACAAUUUCAUGUUGAUUAUUGUGGUUGCACAGCAGCAGCAUUACUUUUAAACGAUCAAACGAUACGAGACGCUAUUGAUUUUAUACGUCAUAUUAAAACAAAACGAGAUUUUGUUAAAACAACUAUAACAAUAUUAAAAGAUGGUGUUAAAAUUAUAUAUAAUGAUGAUCAAAAGUUCUCUACAGUUGUACCAUCAACAAUGAUUGCCGGUUCAACUGUAGGUAAAAUAUCUUUCGAAGAUACUGUUGGAGUUGUUUAUAUCUCACCAUUGAAUCGUCAACAUUAUCCAGCAUUUGUUCAUGUGUAUCGAUGUGAUUCAUUUCGUAGUGCUCAAAAGCUUCUAUCUCGUCUUCGUACAUAUCUGCUUGUUGAAAGUCAUCGUCUUCAAAUAGUUCAAUUAGAACAACUGCUAGUGAACCGUAAUUUAUUGAAUAUAGAUCAUUUCAAUGCAAGAAACUCGCAGAAGAAUAGUACAGGUGUUUCAUCUUUGUUAUCGUCAGCAACGAGUGAUAGUCGAGAAGAAAACAAAAUUGACCCGAUCAAAUCAAUUACAGACGAACUUCAAAAAAAGAUCAAUUCACAACAACCUCUUCUAUUUCCACCAAAAGAUUACGAUACCAUACAUGCUGCUCAUGGACAUAUUCAGCGAGCUCAAGCGUGGCGCAGCACUCAGCCCACUAUUGUUGGUUACUCACCAAUUGAUCCAGACAAUGGUCGAAUAUCACAACAUCUACAAACGAGUACUCCGACAACAAAGGAUGAACGUAAGAAUAAGGCUGUUGUUAUUGAAAAUAAUAAUGAUAAGUCACGUUUAACUUCUCAUCGAAGUGAUGCUACAGUUGAUCCGGUGGAAGCUGUUAGUUUGGCUUUUGAUUUUCUCAAAGAUGAGACAAGUUCAAUAUUUACUGAUAAUGGUGGUAAUAUUGAACAUCUUGAUAUGCAACAGCAAAGUCAACCAUCCAAGUAUCGUUUUCGACCAACGCAAAUCACUGCUGUCACUAAAAAUUUAUUUACUCAAAAUAACAAUUAUGCUUUAUCAAAUGGUAUUUCACAAUCCAACGCAUCGUCACGAAACGACUUAGAUGCCUAUAACAGUAAUCAUCAUCAUCAUCAUAAUAAUAAUAAUGAUAAUAGCAAUCACAAUAAUAAUCAACAUAUUAUAAAAAAUGGAAACCGAGCUCGUUCUGAAAUGCGCUUAGAUUAUGAUCCACAGCCGAAUAUACAACGUAAUCAUUUUUAUGAAAAUCGUCAUAUGAAAGGUAACGGUGCUGCAAUUGUGAUGAAUCCCAUUUGGACAGCACAGUCGUCUAAUAUGACCGGUUCUCAACCAAAUCUUUUAUCUCCACAAAAUUAUAUUGAUUCAACACCACUUCAUCGUCAAACAAGUCCAUCAAGGGAAACACAAAUACCUGCUAUACCUGUACAAAAUUCUCUUUAUGGUAGCUAUCCAGAUAAUAAACCGGGUAUGAGAAAGCAAGAAGAAAAUCAACAAAAGCGACCGAUACCUGCUCAACAACAAUUGAAUAGAAAACAAGUAGCACAAUCACAAUAUCUUGAUACAAAUGAAUUCAUUUUGCGAGCUUCCAAUGGUCAACAUUUGGGAAAUGCUCAAUAUCCUAAUCGACAUCUCGCACGAGACUAUAGACCUCAUUCAAUGAACGAUAAUGGUGCUACGCUUGAUGUAUACUAUUGA